AUGGCUCGGUUCGCCCCGAACGAAAAGAAGAACAACGCCCGCGCCAAAGGACGCACCAGCCGUGGCGACCUCGUGCAGUCGUCUACCACGGCCAAGCCAGAGUCGUCGUCCAACUUUCGAGCCCGACUCGGCGGCGAGGAGCCUGUGCCCGAACCUACACCCAAGCUCGAAGCGCCCACCGAGAGCAACGCCAUGGAAGAAGUCUCUCAGAGCCUGCGCGCUAACUUCGACCUGAAGACAACCACUGGUUCGUCCAACAGAGUGACAAAAGCCCCAAAGCCGCACAAGGAGCAUGGAGCAGUCACAAAGCUCAAGGAGCUGCUCGCCGAGUACGGCGUUGAGAUCUACUCCAAGGCUGCCAACGAUAUCAUGCAGGUUUACGCCACGGUCGAUGAGCGCACGGAGCGGCUGUCGCUCGUCUCGUCUGAAUUCGCCUCCAAGGCCGAGAAACUGUAUUCCAAGAUAGGGCGUCCUCUCUCUUCGACCCAGUGCCAAGGAGGCGAGGCUGCACGUGCCACAAUUGACGCACAUCUGUCCAACCUACUCACUGGGAUCGAACAAGCUCAGAAGCAAUUGGAGGAACUUCAAAAGCAAUGGGAGGCAGCCUUCGCCGAAGAGUGCGACGCAUGGAGGGCUUUUUACGAACUGCAACGCAAGGACCCGCUGCCCGCUGCCGAAUUCGAGCGGGAGCUCGCCAACAUCAAGUCGCAGAUUCAGGGCAUCACGCAGGAGUACGAGGAGCAGAUGGACGGGCUCGAGGCGGAGUACAAGGCAGACAUGCAGGCCGAGACACUCAGGAUUCUCCAGUCGUGGGACUGA